GCGUGUUCUAGCGUGUCUCCCCCUAGGUGGUACUACGCGUAACGAUCUGUCCACCUGCUCAGCAGAAACUUAAUCUUCAACACAGAGAGUGCAAAUAAUAUUUAAAACCAAAACAAGACACUAUUUAAGGAAGCUUGACUCUGCUCCUCACACAGCUUAGACAGACAACAUCCGGAGGCAGGAUCCAAUUAAACACGCAGCCCCUGGACCAGUUGAUGGGUGAUCUCAUGCUCCCAAGUUUGGCCAGGUCUCGGAGAUCCUGCUGAUCAUUUCAUGAAGCUCUUUCAGGAUUUCUUCAAAGCCAGAUUUAGUCCCGCACAAGGGCUGGUAAGCGAUCAACCCAGUACUUUGAAAUGCUUUAAUGAAGCAUCAGGUCUCUUAACUUGCAUUUCAUUUACCUUUAUCUGGCAGAGGAAUUUCUCCAAAGGGACAUUCGGAAGAAGCGCAUCUCCGCUAUGUCGCUAACAAGUUAAGAAAUGUGCUGCUUGUUUGGCCGGAUUAUGUCAGAAUGUUUGGGUCGUCUUUGUCAGAUCUCAGUACGUGUUUUGCAGACUGUUUCCACAUAGAAAAUAAACAUUACACAGUAGGUGAUUUCUCUCAUCAGUCAGACUGGGAAAAAGUGGGUUCUGCGAUUCUGAUUUGUAGCAAAAACGGAAAAUGGCUCAUUCCAGUAUAAUAUCAUCCAGUUAGGAAGUGAAGGUUGACAGAUACUAGUGUGAUGUCUCCCUCUAUUGGCAGUGAAUUCUAAUACAUCCAUUCAUUCAUCUUCCAUAUCCACUUUGACAAUGAGCCCGGAGGCUUACCCCCAGGAAGCACAAUGUCUUAUAGAUUCACAGCAUAUUUCAGUCUCCCAUGUUCAGCAAACGCCCUUGGGAGGAACAGGGCAAAUACCUUUGAUGGGACAUCAGCCCCUAUCAAGCCUCUAAUUCAGGACAGCUGACCUACUGUGCCAUUUCUACUAGAGAAACAGAUAAAGCGAAGUAAUGAAAUGGGACAACGCAAAUAGCUGCAGAAGCGAUCCUAAAUGUGGCACUGCUCAUAGGACAGGGGAGAUCACUGGGAAGAAUGUGUCAUAUACGUCGCGAGUCAUUAGUGACAAUGGAAAUUAUUCUGAGGACCAAAGAGGAAGAGUGCAGGCGGGUGUCAGCUGACGCCAGAGAGGGGGGGCAUCCCUUCAUUUAAAGGCGGGGGGGUCGGGCAUGGGGCAGAAGGCAGCUGGGGACCGCGGGCAGGAUGUCUGUGUGUCCGGAGCUCAGCUUCAACGCCCAGCACGGCUACCUGGAGGGGCUGGUUCGCGGCUUCCGAACGGGCAUCUUGAGGCGGGAAGACUACGCCAGCCUGGCACAGUGCGAGACUCUGGAGGAUCUGAAGGUGCACCUCCAGACCACAGACUACGGGAAGUUUCUGGCUGACGAGAGCGAGGAUCUGACGGUGUCGGUGAUCGACACCCGGAUGAAGGAGAAGCUGCAGGCGGAGUUCAGCUACCUGCGCUGCCACGCUGUGCGCCCACUCUCCACCUUCCUGGACUACAUCACCUACAGCUACAUGAUCGACAAUGUGAUCCUGCUUCUCACCGGGACCCUGCGGCAGCGGCCUGUGUCCGAGCUGUUGCCACGGUGCCACCCCUUGGGCAGGUUUGACCAGAUGGGGGCGGUCGGCAUUGCCCAGAGCCCUGCGGAGCUGUACAAUGCCAUCCUGGUGGACACACCCCUGGCUGAGUUUUUCCAGGACUCACUGUCCGAAAUGGACCUGGAUGAAAUGAAUGCUGAGAUCUUGAGGAACAAAUUGUACAAGUUCGAGGCCGACCGCCGUGCCUUCAUCAUCACCGUGAAUUCCUUCGGCACGGACCUGACUCGGGACCAGAGGAGCCAGCUGUUUCCCAGCUGUGGCAGGCUGCACCCAGAGGGGCUCCACCUGCUGUCUGAAGCUGAGGACAGCGAGCAGGUCAAAGCGGUGGCGGAUUGUUACUCCGAAUACAAGCUGAUCUUUGAAGGGUCAAUGCAGGGAUCCGGCGACAAAACACUGGAGGACAGAUUCUUUGAACACGAGGUGAAACUUAACACUCUGGCUUUCCUGGACCAGUUCCACUUCGGGGUCUUCUACGCCUACGUGAAACUGAAAGAGCAGGAGAGCAGGAACAUCAUGUGGAUCGCGGAGUGCAUCGCACAGCGGCACCGAUCCAAGAUAGAGAAUUACAUCCCCAUUUUCUAAGGGGGGGGGGGCUACAGUGCAAAACAAAAACAACAUCAGAUGAGUUCUUUGUUCAAUCAGAGAGUGGCAUGAGGACAGUCAAGGGUGUUUUUGUUCGAAGCUGAUUCUCCUGAUGGUAAUCUGAAUGGAAUCAGUUCAGUUAUUCUGGGAAUGUUAAUGAGAGCAUUCAAGGGACACUUUCAUGACCAAAACAUUUAUCAGUAUUUGUGAAAAAGAAAUUAGAUUAGUCCUUUAAGUUCUACUCUGACACCACAGCAGUUGCUGAAUUUUAUAUUAUAUAUAUAUAUAUAUAUAAACAAAAUUCCCCCCCGUGAUUAUAUGUAUGAUUCCAUUAAAAUCGUAAUAUGUCUAUAAUUCACAGAAAGUUCAUACAAUUAAGUAAUCUAAUAGAAAGUGGUGUCAACCACGUUCUGUUAGACUGAGGUCUGAUUUUUGGAAAUAGCUGUAAACAUUGCUGGAAAAACCCUGUUCUAAAUAUUGCUGGCAAACUCAGUUCUACCUCAAAAACACAUAUACCAACACAAAACUAAAAGUUCAGUUAUUUACUGAACCGUCCGGCAUUUGGCAAUAAUUUGUAGCAAUAAAUAAAAAUAUACAUUUAUUGUGAUGUAUAAAAACAUUUAUACAGUUUUGCAAGUGAAGAAGCAGCCUGAAAACAGGAUUUUCUGUAGGAAUGCUGUGCUUGGUCGACCUAACGGCUUCAAAGAAUAAUAAAAAUGCUAUUUUGCCGAAGACAUUACCCAAAAACUCAGAAAGAACAUCGGGAAACAUUAAAUGAUUAAACUUGAA